CCUAUUAAUCUUCACUCACUGGGUCUUGUAUCUUUGCCUUUUUUUUACAGUGACCCUUUGCUCCUUGGUGUGGGAUAAUGGCCAUGAUUCUUUCCAAUAAUUCUCACCUCCUUCUACAUACUUUCUUCUUGGCUGGCAUCCCAGGCCUGACUGCUGCCCACAUUUGGAUAUCCCUUCCCUUCUGCUUCAUGUUUGUCCUGUCACUAACUGGGAAUGCAAUCCUGCUUUCUCUCAUUUGGACAGAACAUAGGCUUCACCAGCCCAUGUUUCUGUUUCUUGCUAUGCUUUCUUUUGUUGACUUGGUUCUCUCCCUCUCCACUCUUCCCAAGAUGCUGGCUAUUUUCUGGUUUAGUGCUACAGCCAUCAGCUCCUAUGCCUGUCUGUCCCAAAUGUUUGUCAUUCAUGCAUUCUCUGCCAUGGAGUCAGGGGUGCUGGUGGCCAUGGCCUUGGAUCGCUUUGUGGCUAUCUGCAACCCACUGCAUUAUGCAACCAUCCUUACUCCUGAAGUUGUCGCCAAGAUUGGAGGGCUGGUGGCACUGAGAGGUGUGGGUUUAACCAUCUUCUUUCCAAGCCUGGCCCAUCGACUGUCUUACUGUGGUUCACACACAAUUGCUUAUACCUACUGCGAGCACAUGGCAGUGGUGAAGCUGGCCUGUGGGGCUACAACCAUGGACAGUCUCUAUGCCUUGGCUGUGGCAAUCUUUCUUGGUGUGGGGGAUGUGGCCUUUAUUGCCUACUCUUAUGGACAGAUUGUCAAGACUGUGAUGCAUUUUCCUUCACCUGAGGCACGCGGCAAAGCAGGAAGCACAUGCACAGCCCAUGUCUGUGUCAUUCUCUUCUUCUAUGGACCAGGCUUUCUUUCUGUGGUCAUGCAGCGCUUUGGGCCAUCCACAGCCUCUGCUGCCAAGGUCAUCCUUGCCAACCUCUACUUGCUCUUCCCCCCUGCAUUGGACCCCAUUGUAUAUGGGGUUAAGACCAAGCAGAUUCGAGAGUGUCUAUUCACAAUUAUACGCUCCAAGAAGAUUGAACCCACUUGACUGUUGUUUUUGUCAGCUGGAAUUCAAGGUCAAGAUGCCCUUUCUCCAUAGAUUAGAACCUCUACUGCCCAAGUCAUUUGCCUGAUGGUGACAGAAGGCAUUCGGGGAUAUUGUAAGAAGGGAAAUCUUUUCUGGGUUCUCUGAUGUUUGCAUAUUGGAAUUCAAGACUAAGAAGGUCUGUAGGAUCUCAGUUAUUCACUAAGCGGUACCUUUUGGCAUCCUUUUCUUCUAAAUUUGAUAGUUUGUGUUGAUGAUAUAGAUAUAGCAGUUAAGAAAUAGGAUGUUAG